GUCAACUGUCAAGCCCGAAAACAUCAAGCCAUCAGUCCAUCUUUUCAUAUUUCGACGCUUGGCAGCGAAUUAACGCAGCCCGAAAAUGAGUAGCGAAAGGGAUUGCGCCCUUUGCCUAACCAGCGAAUCCAAAUGGCUAUUGGACGUGUUUAGUGAAUCCAACCGGGACCUGCAUAUGGCAUCGGUCAUAUCGAAACACCUGUGGUUUGAUCUGAAUCCCGCCAGCGAGCCUCACAUUUGUAUGGAUUGCUGGACCACCAUACACAACUUCCAUCGGUACUACACCAAGCUCGAAGCCCUCCACGAUCGGGACGAUGGAAUCACAGUCGAUGAGUCGACCGCGAACGAUGAGAUGGGAGAGCUGAAAAACAUUGAAUUCCUCGAGGAAGAUGCCGAGGAGCUCCGGAUGCAGAUGAAACAGAUUCCCAAUGCUUCGUACGAUGGAAGCGAAGAGCAGGAAAGCCCCAGCAGGGGCUCGGCACUUGAGAGAAAGAAGAAGUCAAACGAUCAGGAGUUUAGCCUUUUCGAAAUCGAGGUCGAGCAGGACGGAGAUGGAACGGUUUACCGACUGGAUGCAUUUGAAAACCACGAACAGACGGACCGGCCCGAAUCAGAAACCCGCAAACAGCCUGUUAUAUUGAACGGCCAAAUGAAACCGUCCAGUGCUGGAGAAAGUUCAACCGUCGCUAUCGACUUCUUCGUACCGGAGGACGAACCGCCCGUCAAGCGUGGCCGAGGCCGCCCACGGAAGCAGAUCAAAGUAGAACCGGACACAUCGUUGCGGAUCAUUAAAAAAGAAAACAAUUCCAGCAUGGACGAGCACAACACCUCCCUGGAUUCGACGGGUGGCAACGAUGAGCAAGUGCCUGUUAAGCGUCGCCGAGGUCGUCCACCGAAGAAUGCGAGUGUGCAGCGAAACGCCUCACCAAUCGUACCCACCCCAAGGGCAAUAAAGAGAGAGGUAAAAACGGAGCGGGAAGACGAGGAUGCGCCAGACAGUGGUGGUACCCCACGACCCGAACGGAGAUCGACACGUGUGCGGAAGGCAAAAUAUUUCAGCGAUAUGGAGCAGGACAGCAAUGAGGAGGAGGAUGAGGAGGAGGAGGUACAAGAGGAAGAAACAGAGCCGAGCGAAUAUGAACCUGGCGAUGAUCCGGAGUACGAGGCGAGGCUGCAGCUUCAACGGGAACUGAAUAUGGAUGAUUUUGCCUUCUACGAGUAUCAGUGCAGUCUGGAGAACGAUCACGGUGCGCGCGAUAACAAGAUCUUUCAGUAUGUGGACGAGUUUGCGUGUCACGUGUGUGAGGAGAAAGUGACGUUCAAACGGUUUGCCGAAGCGCACUUGCACUACCGGGUGGAGCACAACCAGCCGCCGUAUCUGAAGUGUCCCAGGUGUGAGAAGAAAUGCCACACGCCGGGAAUGUUCGUGAGUCACAUGGAGACGCAUGACGAUCCGGAGAAGAAUAAGUGCCAGAUUUGCGGCAAGUACACGGACUGUAACAUAUCGCUGAAGAAGCACAUGCGCGUGCACCAGAGCCAGCUGGAGGAGAACCUCCCGUAUCCGUGCAGUUUGUGCAAGCGAAAGUUCGAGACGGAGGAUCUGCGGGAGAAGCACGAGAAGCUGCACGUGCCGAAACCGCACGUACCGAAGGAGAAAGGACCCGACCACGAGGUGCUGGACUUUUACAAGGUCAUCGCGUGCGAUAUAUGCGAGGAGGAGCAGACCGACUCGCCGACGUACGACAACCUGAGCGACCUGCGCGCCCACAUGGUGAAGGAGCACAACAAAAACAUGUACCUGCGGUGUCCCUAUUGUUCCACCAGGCAAGUCAACCGGCAACAGGUCAUCACGCACAUCGACAUGCACAACAAUCCGGACAAGUAUCGAUGCGAAGUCUGCAAGGAGGUGCACCAGAAUCUGCAUCAACACAUGAUGAAGGCCCAUGCGCCAACUACGGCGGACGAGGCGGACAAAAAGUACAAGUGCGACCAGUGUGGAAGGUCGUUCAACUUCCUGGCGAACUUAAAGAUGCACGUGGAUUGCGUCCACGGCGUGAAGGACGUGAAGUGCAAUGUGUGCAACAAAUUCUUCAACUACAGAGCCUAUCGGACGCACAAGCGUACCGCGCACACCGACCUGAUGCUGAUGUGCGAGCUCUGUCCAAAGAUGUUCAAAAAUCGAAAGUCGUUCGAAGUGCACAAAGCUUCGCACGAGGGCCUGAUGCUGCGGAUGACGAACUGUGUGCUGUGCGGUAAGCUCAUACGCACCUGCAGCAUGUCGAAGCACAUGAAAACGAUCCACUCGGAGGAGGACCCGGUCAAUUGCGAUCUGUGCGGCAAAAUGUUCCGCACCACGUUCCACAUGAAGCGCCAUCAGAAGAACACGUGCGAGGUGACGAUGGAUUCGCGCUCCUUCAAGUGCGAGGUGUGCGGCAAGGGUUUCUCCACCAAGCUGACGAUGAUGGAACAUAUGACGACGCACACGCGCACCAAUCAGUAUCAGUGCGCGUUCUGCUUCAAAUCGUUCGGCUACAUCUCGAACCUGUACAAGCACCGGAAGAAGGCACACCCGCUCGAGUGGCAGGAGGUGCAGGCGCACCCGGAAGAAAACAUUGCAUCGGUAAUCGUCGUUCGAAACUGAAGUGCUGUGGUUUUCUGUUUUCUUUACCAUUCUUCUUUUGAUAAACUUUCAUUUUGGCCGUUUACUGUACAGAACUCAGCAGUUUCUUUUCCACCCGGCCACAUUAACAGAUGGGACUUUUGUAAGCGAAAGCGUAUAGUGAGGACUAGUUUAGCAAUAAAGUAUUUUCCAUAUUUGCGUUCGGUGGAACGCAUUUCGAAA